UUCACGACGUCCUCGCUCACCUCCCUCCUCCUAUAACCCCCGUUCACCAUGCGCUGCUGUACGGCGUCCACAGCGCGCAUCCUUACGCUCUUUACACUUGUCGUCUUACUGUCACACUCUUUUGGUUCUGUCAAUGCGCAAUCUUCCACGGGCGGCGGUGUCUCGUCUCCUCUCAGUGUAGCUCCUACCGAUAUCUCAGCACCCACCUCGACACCAUCACCUCCUAGCAGUGCACCCCUUUCUAGCGCGCCUGUUCCUGCUGCCUCCUCGACACCAUCAUCCCCAGCUGCACCAGCGACACCAGCGACACCAGCGUCUUCUGCAUCCCCAUCUGCGACAUCGUCUCAGCUGGCUGCCUCGUCCAGUGGAUCUCCUCACACCCGAUCUGCUGCACAAAACCCCCAAAGUCCUACUACCUCGUCUACAUCAUUCAGCAGUACCAGUAGCUCUGCUAGCAACUCGGCCGUCAGUAGUAGCACGUCUUCCUCAACGGCCUCUUUGCCUCCGAGCUCUAUUGCCAGCACUUCUCAGCCUGGCGCGCUCACUGCUGUUCAGCCCGUCGCGACAGGGACCAACGGUGGAUUCACAUCCUAUACCACAACUUCUGGCCAGUUCAUCGUUCCAACCCCCUCAGGUUCUAGUGAGGCUCCGAGUACAACUGGUGCGGCUGAAGUAUCCUCUUCAAAGAGCUUCCUCCAAAACAAAGGUGCCAUGGCCGGAGUUUUCGGUGUUAUAGGCGUUAUUGGCGUGUUGGUCCUCAUAUUCACCGUCGUGAAGAUCAUGCAGCGGCGUGCGCGCAAACGCGAUGAGGAGGAAGAGGAAUACUUUGAGAAGUACCCAGAGCCCUCCGCUAUCGGCAUUCAUGCCAGCAGUAGCAACAACGACAGCUCAUGGAACCUCGCAAAUACGACCGCUAUGGCUCCGGCACGUACCGACGCAUACCUUGACCGUACUGUGCAUUAUGGCUCUGCUCAGGCUACCCAAGACUACAACGAGCCGCAACAGCACGAAUACCCUCCUGGUACUGCAUAUGCUGCUGCUGCUAAUGGCGGCCAAUACCAGUACACUGGCUACAGUGCCGCAGACUACAGUACUGCGCCGUCAUCCACCGGCUCCCAUCCCUUCGCGGACCCUCAGAACGUGCCACGAGCAAGGGCACCGCCUAUUGCCCAAAAACAGCGGCCGAAUACGCAGAUGGCAGACGCCUACGACGGCAUUGACGGUGGCUACGCUCAGUAAAGUCACUUCCUUUUGGUGACUUCAUCCCCCCAUCGUGCGUAUCAUCAUGGUCCAGUCCUUCAACUCUUCGAUCUUCUCGUCAUGACCCCAUCUCACGAGCUGCCUUGGGAGUUCAUACCCCGUUCUGGACCGCCUAUCCUUCCCCCCACCCUUCGUUGGAUCUGUCUGUUGACGAAACACGGAUUCUUAUCAUCUUCUUCGUGGUUCGUCAGGUAUGAGUAUGAUUUAUCUUGUAACCAUUAUACAGGUAUAGUACAGAUACUGUACGGUCGUGGUGUGAUGUGUCAUGUACCUUUCUUAUCUAUUCUGGGUCAACACAUGUAACGGCUGUAAAUUUUGCAUUCUUACCCUCG